UGGGGCGGGUGGCAAAGAACGAGCUAUGGCGACUCGAGGCGUUCGUCCACAGCGGGAGAAUGGACGAAGUCAGACAGACCUGUUAAUCAUCCCCGUGUUACUGUUGUUCCUCCCAGGCAUGACGGGUGCAUCAUGCUGUUACCUUGCGAAGAAUAACUUAAUGUGUCAUGAUGUUUGUGAACUGAUUUUGGCAUCUAAGAGCGAUUCUCAUUUGAAACACCUGUUGCAACGUGCUCCUGAAUAUUGUCCAGAAUCAAUGAGAGAGGUUUGGGGCUGUAUAAAUUCUUCUUUGCCAGGUGUUUUGAAAAAAUCUGAUGGUUGGGUUGGCUUGGGCUGCUGUGAAUUAGCCAUUGCUGUAGAAUGUCGACAAGCAUGUAAACAAGCAUCUUCAAAAAACGAUAUUUUGAAAAUUUGCAGGAAAGAAUAUGAGAACACCCUUUUUAGUUGUAUUAAUAGAAAUGAAAUGGGAUCAGUUUGUUGCAAUUACGCUGGCCAUCAAACAAAUUGCUGGGAAUACUGUCAAGCAAUCUUUCGAACAGAUACUUCUCCGGGCCCUUCCCAGAUAAAGACUCUUGAAAAUUACUGUGUUUCUGUGAGCCCAAUGUUACUGAAUUGUGUGAAUAACUAUACACAGUCAUAUCCAAUGAGAAAUUCAACAGAUAGUUUAUACUGUUGUGAUAGAGCAGAAGAUUAUGUUUGCCAAACAGCUUGUAAAAGGAUACUAAUAUCAAUGAAAACGGAACAUGAAAUUGUGGAUGGACUUAUUGAAAGCUGUAAAACAAUGCCUCUUCCACAGGAUCCUCUUUGGCAAUGUUUCUUGGAGAGCUCAAGAUCUGUUCAUCCUGGAGUGACACUGCAUCCACCACCUUCAACAGUUCUCGAUAGUGCUAAGUUGCACUGCUGUUCCAAAGCAAAUACUUCUUUGUGCAGAGAUGUGUGCACUAAACUUUAUACAAGCAGCUGGGGCAAUACACAAAGCUGGCAAGAAUUUGAUCGUUUUUGUGAAUAUAAUCCCAUUGAAGUUUCCAUGUUGACUUGCUUAGCAGAUGUACGUGAACCUUGUCAGCUCGGUUGUAGAAAUCUUACUUUUUGCACUAAUUUUAAUAACAGGCCUACUGAACUCUUCAGGAGCUGCAAUGCCCAGUCAGAUCAAGGAGCUAUGAAUGAUAUGAAACUUUGGGAAAAAGGAAGCAUUAAGAUGCCUUUUAUAAAUAUCCCUGUACUUGAUAUUAAAAAAUGCCAACCGGAAAUGUGGAAGGCAGUUGCUUGUUCACUGCAAAUUAAACCUUGUCAUAGUAAAUCUAGAGGAAGUAUUAUUUGCAAGUCAGAUUGUGUAGAAAUUCUCAAAAAAUGUGGAGACUUAAGCAAAUUUCCUGAGGGACAUAUGGCUGAAAGCAUCUGUGAACUUUUAUCUCCAGCUGAUGAUUUGGAGACUUGCAUACCUUUAGAUACAUACCUUCGUCCAAGUGCAUUGGAUAAUAUUGUGGAAGAUGUUACACAUCCCUGUAACCCAAAUCCCUGUGCUGCAAAUCAAUUGUGUGAAGUAAAUAGAAAAGGAUGUCAGCCUCUCGAACCUUGUCUUCCUUAUUUUUGUAUACAGGGCUGCAAAUUGGGUGAAGCCUCUGAUUUUAUUGUCCGUCAAGGUACUCUCAUCCAAGUACCAUCUUCUGUUGGAGAUAUUGGGUGCUAUAAAAUUUGCACGUGUGGCCAGAAUGGUUUGUUAGAAAAUUGUAUGGAAAUGUAUUGUGUUGAUCUCCAAAAGUCAUGCAUUGUUGGAGGGCAAAGAAAAAGCCAUGGAACAUCUUUUAAUAUAGACUGCAAUGUCUGUUCAUGUUUUUCUGGGAAUUUGAUAUGCUCCACUCGUCAGUGUCUCAAUGAAUUAAGUUCAGAUGAUGAACAUCACCUACUUACAGGUCUGCCAUGUAACUGCGCUGAUCAGUUUGUCCCAGUAUGUGGUCAGAAUGGACGUACUUAUCCAAGUGCAUGUGUAGCACGUUGUGUUGGGCUACAUGAUAAUCAGUUUGAAUUUGGGUCCUGCAUUUCUAAGGAUCCUUGUAACUCUUAUCCCUGCCCUAAAAAUCAGAGGUAAAUAUUUAAGAAAAUCUACAGAAAUUACUUUUAUCUUACUUAAUUCUGGUUUACUGUUAACAGAAAAAUAUGAAUUGUAGUAGUUUAUAUAAUAGAUAUCAGUGUUAUAUAAACUAUUACAAUUAUUUUGUGUCGUGAAUAUGUAAUAUUA